AUGCAGUUUAGUUUGGGUUACACGGCUACCGUCACCAUAGUUUUAAUCCUACUCCUGGUUUUGAUAAGAACGACGGUUUCAUCCUGUCCUAGCGGUCCUGUUUUUACACACCAACACCUACACGUGGCAGAUUUGGAUGUGUUUACCACAGACACGUCACUAUCCUGCACCCAGUCUACCGGAAUCUCAUCUGUUCCUGUGUGCUACGUAGAUUCUCUGAAUGAGUUGAUGACACAGGCCGAAUAUGUCCUCCAAGAAGCAGUAAAUGAGCUUAGCGAUACGAUACUGAUGCAGAGAGACGUCUGUGAAAUGAGUCCAUACGACCAUAAUGGAUUUCAAAGUGGCAUUAGCAUGUCAGACACACUUAUCAACGGAAUUGAACUGAUGUCAGAAAUAGCAUUGAACAUGACCAUUAUAAAUUGUCAUCAACAUUCCAGAUUGUUAAACGAGCGUAGGUUUAAUGUCCACCAGCCCAUCCGAUCUGUGAUAUGCGAGAUGAAGAAACUAAUGCGAUUUGCUAGACCGAUUGAACCAAGCAAAUUCCGAGCCAGCAUUUCCUUUAUGGAGAUGGACCGUUCAGAUACCACUAUCUUCACAUGUCGCAAUCUGAGAAGAGCAAUAGCCGCUAUAACACACCUUAGAAAUGACAUUAAUAUCGAUUUCGAAAAUCUUCAAUAA